AGAAUGGACAGGAAACGUGGGAAAUACGUAGUGAAUAUUGAACACUCUGGAAACCAGCCGGUGAGUAUUGGUGGCACCACUGUGCCAUUCCCGAACCUUAGAACCUGUGAAGCUCACAGUUCAGCAUGUGAGUUUGGAACAUCAAUUGAUGUAACCGGUGAUGCUGGUCCCAAUUUAACCGACGUCUGCACCCACACAGGAACCCUUGGUCAUUCAGAAUUUCCAAACACAGAAUCCCAACAUUAUCAGGUGACACGAAAUUUCCUUAGUGACUGGUCUCUGUGGAAAAUAUUCCUCGCUUGUCUCUUAGCUUGUGUGAUAACAACAGCAAUUGGAGUACUCAUAGUGUCUCUGGUGUAUAAUGGGAAAAAUAAUAAUCCCUCCAUUGUUAUACAACUUUCUCAAAAUGAGGGGACAAGAUCACCGACAACUAAAACAACCUCAUCUACUAGUGAACCAACCACCACAGCAACUACCAGCACUACCACGGAGGCUCCAACCACAACAGCCACCACUCCUUCAACCACUACUACUGAGUCUACCACUACCACAGUCACCACCACUCCUUCAACCACUACUACUGAGUCUACCACAACCACAGUCACCACCACAGGUGAACCAACCACCACAGCAACUACCAGCACUACCACGGAGGCUCCGACCACAAUAGCCACCACUCCUUCAACCACUACUACUGAGUCUACCACGACCACAGUCACCACCACAGCUGAACCAACCACCACAGCAACUACCAGCACUACCACGGAGGUUCCAACCACAACAGCCACCACUCCUUCAACCACUACUACUGAGUCUACCACUACCACAGUCACCACCACUCCUUCAACCACUACUGCUGAGUCUGCCACAACCACAGUCACCACCACAGUCACCACCACAGCUGAAACAACCACCACAGCAACUACCAGCACUACCACGGAGGCUCCGACCACAACAGCCACCACUCCUUCAACCACUACUACUGAGUCUACCACGACCACAGUCACCACCACAGGUGAACCAACCACCACAGCAACUACCAGCACUACCACGGAGGUACCAACCACAACAGCCACCACUCCUUCAACCAUGACUACUGAGUCUACCAUGACCACAGUCACCACCACUCCUUCAACCACUACUGCUGAGUCUACCACGACUGCCGUCACCACCACAGCUGAACCAGUCACCACAGCAACUACCAGCACUACCAUGGAGGCUCCGACCACAACAGCCACCACUCCUUCAACCACUACUACUGAGUCUACCACGACCACAGUCACCACCACAGGUGAACCAACCACCACAGCAACUACCAGCACUACCACGGAGGCUCCAACCACAACAGCCACCACUCCUUCAACCACUACUACUGAGUCUACCACUACCACAGUCACCACCACUCCUUCAACCACUACUGCUGAGUCUACCACGACUGCCGUCACCACCACAGCUGAACCAAUCACCACAGCAACUACCAGCACUACCACGGAGGCUCCAACCACAACAGUCACCACUCCUUCAACCACUACUGCUGAGUCUACCAUGACCACAGUCACCACCACAGCUGAAACACCCACCACAGCAACUACCAGUGAACCAACCACCACAGCAACUACCAGCACUACCACGGAGGCUCCAACCACAACAGCCACCACUACUUCAACCACUACUACUGAGUCUACCACUACCACAGUCACCACCACUCCUUCAACCACUACUGCUGAGUCUACCACGACUGCCGUCACCACCACAGCUGAACCAGUCACCACAGCAACUACCAGCACUACCAUGGAGGCUCCGACCACAACAGCCACCACUCUUUCAACCACUACUACUGAGUCUACCACUACCACAGUCACCACCACAGUCACCACCACAGGUGAACCAACCACCACAGCAACUACCAGCACUACCACGGAGGCUCCGACCACAACAGCCACCACUCCUUCAACCACUACUACUGAGUCUACCACGACCACAGUCACCACCACAGCUGAACCAACCACCACAGCAACUACCAGCACUACCACGGAGGUUCCAACCACAACAGCCACCACUCCUUCAACCACUACUACUGAGUCUACCACUACCACAGUCACCACCACUCCUUCAACCACUACUGCUGAGUCUGCCACAACCACAGUCACCACCACAGUCACCACCACAGCUGAAACACCCACCACAGCAACUACCAGCACUACCACGGAGGCUCCGACCACAACAGCCACCACUCCUUCAACCACUACUACUGAGUCUACCACGACCACAGUCACCACCACAGCUGAACCAGUCACCACAGCAACUACCAGCACUACCACGGAGGCUCCGACCACAGUCACCACCACUCCUUCAACCACUACUACUGAGUCUACCACUACCACAGUCACCACCACUCCUUCAACCACUACUGCUGAGUCUGCCACAACCACAGUCACCACCACAGGUGAACCAACCACCACAGCAACUACCAGCACUACCACGGAGGCUCCAACCACAACAGUCACCACUCCUUCAACCACUACUACUGAGUCUACCACGACCACAGUCACCACCACAGCUGAAACAACCACCACAGCAACUACCAGCACUACCACGGAGGCUCCGACCACAACAGCCACCACUCCUUCAACCAUCACCACCACAGCUGAACCAGUCACCACAGCAACUACCAGCACUACCACGGAGGCUCCGACCACAGUCACCACCACUCCUUCAACCACUACUACUGAGUCUACCACUACCACUGUCACCACCACUCCUUCAACCACUACUGCUGAGUCUGCCACAACCACAGUCACCACCACAGUCACCACCACAGGUGAACCAACCACCACAGCAACUACCGGCACUACCACGGAGGCUCCAACCACAACAGCCACCACUCCUUCAACCACUACUACUGAGUCUACCAUGACCACAGUCACCACCACUCCUUCAACCACUACUGCUGAGUCUACCACGACUGCAGUCACCACCACAGCUGAACCAACCACCACAGCAACCACCAGCACUACCACGGAGGCUCCGACCACAACAGCCACCACUCCUUCAACCACUACUACUGAGUCUACCACUACCGCAGUCACCACCACUCCUUCAACGACUACUGCUGAGUCUACCACGACUGCAGUCACCACAACAGCUGAACCAACCACCACAGCAACUACCAGCACUACCACGGAGGUUCCAACCACAACAGCCACCACUCCUUCAACCACUACUACUGAGUCUACCACUACCACAGUCACCACCACAGGUGAACCAACCACCACAGCAACUACCAGCACUACCACGGAGGUUCCAACCACAACAGUCACCACUCCUUCAACCACUACUACUGAGUCUACCACUACCACAGUCACCACCACUCCUUCAACCACUACUGCUGAGUCUACCACGACUGCCGUCACCACCACAGCUGAACCAACCACCACAGCAACUACCAGCACUACCAUGGAGGCUCCAACCACAACAGCCACCACUCCUUCAACCACUACUACUGAUUCUACCACGACCACAGUCACCACCACUCCUUCAACCACUCCUGCUGAAUCUACGAAUUCCACAGAUGCCACCACCACAACUCAACCAACUACCACUACAACGGCCAUCACUACCACUGAGGCUCCAUCCACAACAGCCACCAUUACUUUGCCCCCUGAGACUGAGACUACAGUUACCACAAUUCCAACUCCAGGAACCUUACCAAGUACCCCAAGAACUGUACCAACUGCUCCAGGAACUGUACCAACUACCCCAGGAAGAGCCACGUCUCCUAAUGUCUUAAUGGCCAUAUAA